UUACAGGUCGUAAAAACAAUAGGUCUCCGGGAAAUCUGGUACUUUGGUCUGAAGUUCAUCGACACAAAAGGCCUCCCCACGUGGCUCAAGCUGAACAAAAAGGUGUCCAACCAAGAUGUCAAGAAAGAAGAGCCGCUGCAGUUCCAAUUCAGAGCCAAAUUCUUCCCUGAGGACGUGUCAGAAGAGCUCAUCCAAGACGUGACCCAGAGAUUGUUCUUUUUGCAAGUCAAAGAUGCCAUCCUGAACGAUGACAUCUACUGUCCCCCAGAAACAUCGGUCCUGCUGGCUUCCUAUGCUGUCCAGGCUAAAUACGGCCCAUACGACCCUGCAAUCCGAAAACCUGGUUUCCUUGCCAACGACCGCAUUCUUCCAUCAAGGGUAAUGGAUCAGCAUAAGAUGGGCAGGUCAGAGUGGGAGGAAAGAAUUGUCAACUGGUACAAGGAACACAGCACAAUGAUGAAGGAGGACGCCAUCAUGGAGUACCUGAAAAUAGCCCAGGAUCUGGAGAUGUAUGGCGUCAACUACUUCGAGAUCAAGAACAAGAAAGGAACAAAGUUGCACCUGGGGGUGGACGCCUUGGGCCUCAAUGUGUACUCGUCAAAUGACAAGCUCUCCCCAAAGAUCGGCUUCCCGUGGAGUGAAAUUCGCAACAUCUCUUUCAACGACAAGAAGUUUGUCAUCAAACCGAUUGACAAGAAAGCACCAGACUUUGUGUUCUUUGCCGAGCGGCUACGCAUCAACAAGAGGAUCUUGGCGCUGUGUAUGGGCAACCAUGAGCUGUACAUGCGCAGGCGAAAGCCAGACACAAUUGAAGUCCAACAGAUGAAGGCGCAAGCGCGAGAGGAGAAGUCAUCCAAGCAAAAGGAGCGAGCCCAGCUACAGCUGGAACACGAGAGGUUUCUGAAAGCCGAGAAGGAGAAAGAGGAGCUGAUGAAGAGAAUGGAGCUUUUUGAGAAGCAGCAGAGGGAGGCAAAAGAAGCUAUGGAAGAGGCCAACCGCAAGGCGUUGGAGCUGGCUGCCCAGAAAGAGCUGGCAGAGCAGGAGGCGGCGAAGCUGGAACAGCAGCGGCAGGAGGAGGAAGAGAAGCGGCGGCAGGAGGAGGAGGAGAUGCGGCAGCUGCAGGAGCAGCGGGAGUUGGAGGCACAGGAGCGGCGGAAGCUGGAGGAGUGCAUGCACGGGCAGGAGGAGGAAUGCAAGCGGUUGCAGGAGGAGAGCCUGCGCAAGCAGCAGGAAGCGGAGGAGCUGGCCAGGCAGCUGGUAGAAGCAGAGAAGACCUACCAGGAGUCACUAGCCCAGAUGGCUAUGCCCCAUGAGGACGAGGACAAGGUGGAAGUGGAGAUGGUGGUUGACCCUAACAUGAUCAACGACCAGUCGGAGGUAGACCGCAUCACCAACGCCGAGAAGAGUGAGAUGCUUCAGAGACAGCUGCAGGACCUGCAGAAGGAACUCCAGGCCGCCAAAGAUGAGAAGAGGACGACGGAGAUGGACGUGCUUCACCAGGCCAACGUCAAAGCUGGCCGAGACAAGUACAAGACCCUCAAGCAGAUCCGCAUGGGCAACACCAAGCAGAGAAUAGAUGAAUUUGAAAACAUGUAAAAAAAAAAAAAUGAAAAGACAGAAGGAAAACAUCAACUAACCUAGCCUCAGAGGUGUUGUGUUAUUAAAACGUGAUAAUCUUUUCAGAUGCUGAGACAUUGGAGGCCUCUCGUUACAAAGUGCCACGGCGCUGGCGUCAGUAAUAUUCGGGAGCUUAAUACAGAAUUUCUGUAUUAUGGAGAUAAUUCACUGAUGGUGUAUUUUGAAAGAAUGGCUUGACUUUGAGAAACCCACACUUUGAACCAUCACAGAAAAACCGGAUGAGGAAAGCCACCUUCCACCAUGUUUGAGCCAUUAUGUUUUGUUUUGUUCAGUCUCUGAAGACCUCUCCAUCCAUCGCAUGGCUUCAGCACUAACUGCACAGAAAACAUUACAGGGCAGACGAGCUGUGGGCACAUUUACUCAGAGUCCCUCUUGUUGCAGGCUGCUGUUAGCUGAGAAGAAAUAUAGGGGGAAUUGGUGUAACUUUGUUUGCUUUGUGGGGGGGGGAUGGAAACAGCAAUGUAGGAUAAUUCCUUGGCAACUGGUGUGUUUUGCUCUCUUGUUUUAAAGGCUCCAAUCGGACUCCGAAAUGCGGAAGUUCAGGUAAUCGCCAAGGGGCCUGCAAUGUCUUAUUGUUUUCAAUUGGUGCUCACUCUACCAGGCCAAUUUCAAGGUUUGCGUACUCAUCUACAAAAAAGAAACGGAGAAAAUCUGCAGAAGCCUCCACGUGCCAGACGUUUAAACAGUUUUUGUUUUAUUUCUGUUUUCUGUUGUUUUAGGAUAAACCCAUUUUGUUUAUAAGGCCCGGUAGAAUAGCCCUACUUGGACGAGAUGAAUGUGACAGUUUUAUUUUCCUGCAGGUUUUUUGCAGAUUUCCCUGAAAUCCAUUGCAUGACAGAAGGACAUACAUGUGUUCUUAGCAGAAUUUUGUUUUGGCCCACCCCUCCCCCCAAAAAUGCAAAACCAAAGGGAGGGAAAUUUCUGUCAAUGCCAUCAAGGAUGGUCCGGCUUUAAGCCAAAUUUCAUUAAAAAUGAGUCAACCUAUCUUCAGUUGGUAAGUGUAACAUGGUGCACUUCAACUUUAGUUUAAAAAAGUCAAAGCUCAUCUGGUUAAAUACUGCUACUGUAACCCUCCUGAUACUUGUACACGGUGUUGAACAUUUGUGAGCAAUUUCAGUGUCCUAACAUUUCGUUCAAAAACCAUAAAAUGUCCAUGUCCAGAAAUUGGGCUGAAAUUCAGCUGAGUGUUCCCUAACGUGGCGCUUUUGAAAAAAUCCCAGAACAUCCCACAUAAGCAUUUUAAACAUUCUUUAAAAUUGAUAAAAUCAUGUACUGCAUCAUUCCUUCUGCUCACCUACCCAUCCACAAGUGUGUAAGAAAAGUAUGUUCAUAUUUGUGAGCACAUUCUAAAAGCAUUCAUUUUGCGCGUCAGAAAAACUUUGGAAAAUCGGAUGAAAAUAAAAUUUCAUCAGAACUUUUUAGCAGACACACAAAAUUAAGAUUUUUGAAUCAAAAUAUUAGGAGAUGGAUGGCAUUUGACUGAUUGUAAAAUUUGAGGUAAAAAUAUUGCUAUGGUGAGACGCGAGGAAAAAAUGAAAGUGCCCCAUGUUAGGGGCCGCGUCACGUUAGGGUACACCAACUAAAAAAAAACAAAAAUGAGUUCAAAAAACAACUAGGUUUUGGGGCCAUUUCUUUAUGUUCAUAAAAUAUAAUGCAGUUUUUAUGUAAUAGUAGCUGAAUACCAGUAGGUGAUCCACUGAUAAUAUUCAGAUAACUCAAUAUUAUGCAGACUCCAUAAAGACUAAUGAAAGCCAUGUUUGAUUCAUUAUUUCGUUCUUUCAGGAAUUUCCUGAAGAUGUUCUGAAUAAAGAACGAAAUAUUGAAUCAAACAUGGCUUUCAUUAGUCUUUAUGGAGUCUGCAUAAUAUUGAGUUAGCUGAAUACCAUUGUUGCUUUUUGGCAAAUGCUUCGUUUGUAAGAAAGGGAGCUAGUUAAGUGUGUACAGGUGCAGCGUAGUGCUAAUUUCUGACACAAAAAGGCGAGAGGUAGGCUUUGUCAAAUGUGUAGAAAUUGUUGAUUCACCCAUGUUUGCACCUUUACCCAACGGAGCAACAAGAACUUGAAAGGUAAUCUGUGCCAUUUCUGGAAAGUGGGCCGUGGUUAUAUUAAGAGCUAUCUGAAGUGUAAAAGAUGCUAGCUGCACCUGUCGCCAUGGAGGGGGCGUUGUCAGUUUAAAUUGCUUGGAAAGGAUGCAGACCCUUCACUUUUAUUGUGGUUUUUUGCUUAUUUAUGGCUGGGCACAGUAGUCAAAAAGUUCUAGGCCUUAUGUACUGCACUAGGGGUUGCUCUGCAUGCAUCUAGCACAGUUUGUAAGCUGUUUCCUAUAUACAUGUGUGUUGAAUUGCUUUUUCUUUUCCUUUUUAAAUUUGAGUAGGUGAUUUUGUAUAGAUUUUCUUAUUUGUGUGGUUUGGAAAGUCUUUGCUCUGUGACACUCCUUGUCUCGUGGCUAGCACAUGCCAAAUAUGCAUACAUCCACAUGCCUUAUCUUGUAGAUGUCGCCUCUGUUCUUUGUAAUGCAUGCUGUACAUGUACAUUUGGGGUUGGUAAAUUAGAUUUUGCCAUUUUCUUGAGAUCAAGUGCCUUUUAAUAGAGGUUUUGGCUUCCCAUCUCCAUUGGUAUUCGUUUCCACUUGGAACCCGAGAAUGGCGUCGGUCUAAAUCGAUAGUCCCUUUGGCGAUCAAAUUUAUCGGAUACAAGAGGGUUUCAUUCGUAUGUGUCAGUUUUGUUUUGUUUUUCCUAUUUUAGAGGCUUUUGUGUGGAAUGUUGAUGUAAAUUUAAGUAGAGCUUUCUGAGAAAUCUGCAUUUGCAAAGGGUAACCACUUUUUUUACCAUUUGAAAUUCAUUUAGCAGAAAUAUUUACAUUGAAAAUGUAGUCAGAUCAUACCAUAAAUGUUAUGAUAUCCACUCGUUAAUUUGUUACCAUCUGUUUAUAAUUCGUAGUUUAAAAGCUUUCAUACGGGAAUGGUAUCGUAUGAAAGAACAAAUCCCGAGAUGUAGAUUUGAAAAAAAAUGUUGGUUAACUCGUCUUGAAUUGAAAAAUGAGAAGCCAAUGGAUUGUGGAGAUGGUUUGUAAGAGUAUGUUCUUAUUGAUAAGUUUGUUUUUUAGAUCUGUCUAAAAUGGCAACCAGAAGUGGUAAGUUGCUCUCCUUUUUUUUCCUUGAGUAGAUGAACCUGUUUACACCAGCAAACCAUUCUGAUAGAUCAAGUGAACUUAAUGAUGUGUUUCCUGUUUUUUGGUUUUAAGAUUGGAUUUGGUUUCUUUUUUCAACGUUCCUGAAUUGUUUGGGCUACAAAUGGCUCUAUGUCGCUAACUUUGCUAUGGAGGAUUGAAAAAUAGAAAGAAAUGGUGUUGACUCACGAGCGUGUGUGUGUAAUUGAUGCAAUUAGAAGUGUUAAUACCGACAUUUAAAUAUACCCUCUUGGCUGUGAAAAAUGUACAGUUGACCACCUCAGUACUGAAAAAAAGAUUUGAUAAGAAAAAUUGCUAAGUAUGAUAAUGCCACACGCUGCUAGAAAUGACAUUGUUAGAGUAUUGUACAAAGUAAAAGAAUUAUGCCCGUUUAAAAAAAAAGAUCAGUAUGCAAAUUGUAGAUGGUAGUCUUAGACUAGGUUGGGAUCUUGUAUCUGAAUACUUUUUUUUUUAAAUUUAUGUAACUACUUAGCCUUAAGGAAGCAUUUAGUGAAGACAAGAGGAAAUUACCCUAUUAUGUAAGACAUAACUGAUAUGUACACUUUGCACUUGAGGGGGAGUGGGUUCAAUCCCUUCUAAUCAGAUUUUUGAAAUUUUUGAUUAUGAUAUUAAAGACUGUACAAAAAAAGUUGACAUUCCUGUUGGAAGUAUGUAUGUGUACUCGGUCUGGUUUGUUUUGGCUUGAACUUGCAAAGCACGUUUCUACACGUUGAGCAGUGCAAGGGAUUUUCCCACGUUCCGUUGGUCAUCCUUAAGAGUGAAAUUUGAUCAGUUCAUUUGUGAAUUGUGAUGGUGCAGCAAAGUUAUAAAUGUCAUGCUCAACCCAGAAAUGAAAUGAACUCGGUUGAGAUACUAGCCCUGACAUGCCUUCCACUCGUCGUCAUCACACAUAUGUUCACCCCUUCCACUUAGUUUGUGCGCAUGUGCUAAAAUUCGGCAAAGUCGAGAUCACUUUCUGUUGCUUGUUAAAAUGGCGACGCCAGUCAGCAAAUGACUACACCAAAAUCUAUCUGUGGAGAUCUUCCGCACUGUGUAAACGUUUGCUGAAUUUGUACCAGAGAAACAUAAUCAGGCUUCAGAUUUCAUUUUAUCAUGUGUUUCUUGUUAAUCAAAAGUGACAUUUGGGAGAAAAUGGGGUGACAGAUGUAUGUGUACGUUACAUUUCUGAACGUAAAAAGGGUUUUUGAAACUUGAAAAUUUGAAUUGUUCCCCAGUUGGUCCACACAUGCUGCAUAUCCUGAUUACUGAAAGAGUGUUUGAAAAAGGUUACCAUGUUAUGUUUAUGCUAUUGCGAAUUGCUCUUUGUCGACCGGUCGGCCAUGGUUUACGUGUGCACAUGUGCAAGUUCGUGUACAUGUACUGUACGUGGUCAUCUACUCCAUCAACACACGUAACUACUACGGACAAAUGAUUCUCGUGCAAGAUAUUAAAUUCGCAAUAACUUGAAUAUACUACCGAUGUUUUUAUUAGACAUUAAUAAACACUGCACUUUAUUUUGUCUGUUUGGAUAAACUGGAGAAGUUGUUUUAAAAUGGAAAAGACCAUGGAUGUAUUCUCUUUUCAAUUUGAUUGUGUUUAUUUUUUGUAAAAAUCACUUUUUCAAAAUUUGUUUCAAAUUUCAUGCAGCUGGGUUCAUACAAUGCGGUGAUUUAAUGGGGUCUAAUCCAUUUUUAGUUAUCAGGUUAUCUUCGUGAACUUUCUUUGUGUUUUGUUAAAAAUUAUGAUCUUUAUCCGCGAACCGAAAUGCCAGAAUGAUGUUCGACGUCGCCUGCCUCGAAAUCCACAGGAAAGUGAUCCAGUACGCAUGCGCUAGCUCUCAACUAAGUGGUGCACAAGGGCAUGGGAGUGAACAUACAUGAUCACCACGUGGGAACGGAAGUCCUGUGCACUAUUGGCAAACUUUAAAAAUCCAGCACUCCUGAUGGUUUUGGUUCCUUGUUUCUUUGUACACUGGUAACCCAUCAUGGAUCAUUCACAGUUAUAAUGUAAAACAAAUGUCUAUUUUAGGGGAGAGUGGCCAAUAAACUGUUGAUCUCAAAGUA